UAGUUUCCGCCCAAAAUACCGUUAAAGCUUUGGAAGAGAGAGGAGAGAGAGAGAGAGAGAGAGAGAGAGAGAGAGAGAGAGAGGGAGAGAGGAGAGAGAGUCCGUUACCGACUUACGCGUUUUAUUAGACACGCACGCAAGCACGGCCUUAGCCUCACAACCCCAUCUUUUUUUUACUUUGUCAAAUUCUCAGACCAACCCCAAAAAGGCUCUAGCUUUGCUCUUUGAUCUUCCAUUUUUUCACAAGAAUUUUGAGAGAGAUUUGGAUCUCAACUUCUGCUCUUUAACUUUUACCACGCCAAGUGCACGUGGUGAUCUCUGAAAAGUGAUUUGGAUUUUUACCCAAGUAAUAUGAUGGAGAAGGCAGACUCCGGGCAGAAGCUGUACACACGAAUGAGGCUGUGGGAGUUUCCGGAUCAGUAUGUGGUCGAGCCCACUGAUGGCUCUCAGGGUUCCUCUUUGGCAGUCAGUAGGGUUGACGGCUCUAUGCAGCUCAUUGAUAAGCUUCCAGAUUCCAGCUCCGUUCGGGUUCCUAAGAUUCGAACUAUUUUCGGUGUGGUUGGGAUUCUAAAGCUUUUGGCAGGGUCAUAUCUAAUGGUUAUAACAGACCGUGAACAUGUUGGUUCUUACUUGGGGCAUCCUAUCUUUAAAGUUUCAUCUUUGAAGGUUUUUCCCUGUGACCAUUCUUUGAAGAAUUCCCCGGCUGAACAGAAAAAGAUGGAGACGGAGUUUUCUGGGCUGCUAAAUAUAGCAGAGAAGACUCCUGGUCUUUAUUUCUCGUAUGAGACCAAUUUAACACUGAGUGCACAGCGAUUGCAUGAUUUGGGCGAUGAAUCUAAGUUGCUUCCACUUUGGAGACAGGCAGAGCCUAGAUUUCUUUGGAACAAUUAUAUGUUGGAAGGGAUGAUAGAUAACAAGCUCGAUCCGUACCUACUUCCUAUUGUUCAAGGGAGCUUUCAUCACUUUCAAGCAGCCAUUGGCAAAGAUAUUAUCGAUGUUACUCUGAUUGCAAGGAGAUGCACUAGGAGAAAUGGCACCCGGAUGUGGAGAAGAGGAGCUGAUUCUGAUGGGUAUGUAGCGAACUUUGUGGAAACUGAGCAGAUUAUGCACUUGAAUGGGUUUACUUCAUCAUUUGUCCAGGUUAGGGGGUCAAUUCCGUUGCUUUGGGACCAAAUUGUUGAUUUAACAUACAAGCCCAAGUUUGAAAUUGUGCGACUUGAGGAAGCUCCUCGAGUGGCAGAGCGGCAUUUUCUGGAUUUAAGAAAAAAGUAUGGGGCUGUAUUAGCUGUUGAUCUUGUUAACACGCAUGGAGGUGAAGGACGCUUGAGUGAGAAAUUUGCAAGUGCAAUGCAGCAUAUUGUUAGUGAGGAUCUGAGAUAUUGGCACUUCGAUUUCCACCAUAUCUGUGGACAUGUCCAUUUUGAGCGCCUCUCUAUACUUUAUGAGCAAAUUGUAGAUUUCCUGGACAGAAAUGGGUAUCUUCUAUUGAACGAAAAGGGUGAGAAAAUGAAGGAGCAACUGGGAGUUGUAAGGACCAAUUGCAUUGAUUGCUUAGAUCGUACAAAUGUUACCCAGAGCAUGAUAGCCCGAAAUAUGUUGGAAUGCCAACUUAGAAGGCUUGGAAUUUUUGCUGCUGAAGAAACUAUUAAAUCACAUCCCAAUUUAGAUGAAUGCUUUAGAGUCUUGUGGGCUAAUCAUGGGGAUGAUGUAAGCAUUCAGUAUUCUGGAACUCCUGCUUUGAAGGGGGAUUUUGUAAGAUGCGGACAGCGGACAAUGCAAGGGAUCGCUAAGGAUGGAGUCAGUGCUCUCCUACGUUAUUACUAUAAUAACUUUUGCGAUGGAACAAAACAGGAUGCAAUUGACCUUCUCCAAGGACAUUACAUUGUCUCGGUCAGCAGAGAUAUGACACCGUCAUCACAAAAAGGAGGACUUGAGGCUGUUGCUUCAUUUCCACUGGCUUUGUUUUUCGUUUUGAUGGGGUUCUUUUUUGCGACAUUGUCAUUGAGGCAAGUUAGGUACGAUCUACGGCACUUGUUCUUCUCAGUUAUAUGGGCAGGUCUAAGUAUUGCUAUAGCUGCAUUCGUGAGGGCCAAUGGGCGUAUUUUCUGCAACAGACCUCGUCUACACAAGCCUCGGUCUUAAUUCUGUGCUCAGAAUGUUGUGGCCGAUUCAUUUUGCUGUGAAGCAUUUCCUGCUUGCUUCAUGAUAUUUGAUUCUUUGAUUCGUACCCCACACGGAGUCUUGAAUUCUUGAUCAGUUAUACACGAAAGUUAAAACGACAUGUAAACACCUGCUUCUUUUGGUAACGACUUAUAUUCUUAUCGUCGUUCUUUUUUUCUGUAAAUGCUUGCGCCUUGUUCAAGCUUUUCAUGGACAUGGUUUGAAAGUUGUAACUUGAAAUUUUCUGUAUCUUCGCUAUGACGAUUAAUUAGAGAUUGAAAUUUUGAUUCC